CAACAACAAAAAUUCUUCUUCUUGUUCUUAAAAUCAAGCAAUGGCUGGUGUUGUUGGAAAGCUUGAAGCGGAAAUUGAGGUGAAAUCAAAUGCAGACAAGUUCUGGAAUGCUAUCAGGGAUUUUGCGACCAUACUCCCAAAGGUCUCACCUUCUGUUUACAAAAGCAUUCACAUUAUUCAGGGUGAUGCCAAGGUGCCUGGCUCCAUCAUCAAAUAUACUUUAGACAUGGGCAAUGAAGUUGUGACAGUCACAGAAAGGAUUGAAGAUGUUGAUGAUGCAAAGAGGACAUUGAUUUAUAGUGUGAUUGAUGGUGACCUCCUUAAGUACUUUAAGAGUAAUUACAAGGGAUAUAUUAGUGUAACACCAAAGGGGGAUGAUAAUGGAAGCAUUGUGAAAUGGUCCGCUGAAUUUGAAAAGGUUAGCCAAGAGGUUCCUGAACCUAUUUUCAUCAAAGAAUUUGCAACCAAGAUGUUCCCAAAGAUUGAUCACUAUCUUCUAAGCGCAUAAAUUUAUAAUGCGUUUUAUAUAUUCAACAAUAAUGUGAUUUGUUCGUGUAAGAAUAAUGUUGCAUUUUCAUAUAUAUAUGCAUGUAAAAUACUGUGUUGAUUUACAUCUUAUUUAGAAGAAUAAA